AUGUCUUCUUUUUUUUCUGAUACUUUAUCUCAAUAUUUCAAACAAUAUCUAAUUUUUUCUCCUAAAGAAUUAUCCGAUCUACUGUAUGCACGAGCUAAUCUAUUAUCGAAACAACAUAGUCAGUCAAUAAUUCAAGCUUACUAUGAUUUGAAAAAAGCAUUGCGUUAUUGUCAAAAUCAUUUAGAAAGUUACAAUUUAUUACAUCAACUUGAAAUUAUAUCUUCCAAUAAACAAGAAGAAGCUAUUGAAUUAAUGUUGAAAAAUCGUUUCUUUGAUUCAUUACAUUCAAUCACUAUAGCGAUUUAUGCUCAACCAGAGAAUAUUUCAUUAUAUUUUGAUAAAGGAGCAAUUUUAAGGAAACUUGACCGAUUAACCGAGUCUCUAGAUUGUAUUAUGCAUGGAAUAAAUUUAUUCAAUACAUGGAAUGAUACUGAUAAGAAGAACUCAGCCGAUCUGUACCAAUUAGGGAGAAAUCAGUUAUUUCUUACAAUAAACUCUUAUGCAAUAAAGCUAUCAAAACAAGAGAAAUAUCAAGAAUCAAAUGAAUUGAUUCGUCAACUGUUGGAAGUGGAUUCUAAAAAUUAUAGAUUACUGAUUUUAUCUGGUGAUUGCCAAUAUUUCAUGAAGAAUUAUGAAAAAUCUCUUAAAGAAUAUGAAAACGCAAAAUCAAUAAUUAGUAAACUAUUGACCGAUUCUAACCAUUGCAUUUGUAAUAACAAUAUGAUGAAAAUUCCCGAAAGUAUUAAUUCAAUCAAUGGAAGAAUCUGUUUAACUUGUUACCAGUUAAGUAAAAAUCGAAUUAAACAAAGUGAUUGGUCAAAUGCAAUAAAUUAUUUAGAUCGCUGUAUUUGUUUAGCACCAUUCCAAUCAGAAUUUUACAUGACACGUGCAUUAGUUCAUUAUCAAUCAAACCAUACCAAGCAUUCAUGGAAUGAUAUAUUAAUUUUCAUUUAUUUGAAUUUAAGUGAUUGGGCAUUGUUUCAAAGAACAAACGGUAAAUGGUCUAUAUAUCCAAUGUGGUAUCAAACUAUUGUACAUGAUCGAUUCCUUAGUCAAGUUAAUGAACAAAUCGGUCCAUUAAUUCAUCGUCUCACACCAAAAUAUAUUGAUUUGGUAAAAGUUGCGAAUUCUAAGGAAUGUGAAUUGUCUUUACUAAGGAAUUUAAGAAGAAUAAUUAAUGAAAACAAAUGUGCCACAUGUCAGAGAGCCAGUCAUUCUUCAACUACCAAAAUUACCUUUCCUACUAAUGGUAAUCAACAGACGUUAGAAAAUCCGAUUGAUUGGUUGCAUAAUCGUGUAUCGUUUAAUUUAUUUUCAGAGCCUAGGGAUGACUGUGUUGCUAAAAUGCCUUUCAUAAAUUCAAAUGAUAUUACUCAGAAAACGUUUACUGAUGUAUGUGAAUAUGAGUACAAGCAAAUCAAUGCCAAAAUUAAAGAAAUUCGUCAGAGGAAUUUUCCCAGACAAUUCAUGCACACGAAAUGAGCUCCAUUAUUCUAACUGUAAUUGAAUGCUGUUAUGGCUAUUUUGGUUGUUGUUUAUUUAUUCCUCAUUUAGUAAAAUUAUCACUUUGAUGUUUCAAGAUUUUUGUUUAUUUAUAUCUCUUUUUCGGUUUACGUCUUAUUCAGAGCAAAACAAGUAAUUUAUUUCUCAAUUUUUAGCAGUAAACUUAUUUCUUAAACAGUGAAACGACAUCGAAGUUGUUUUGACGAGACCACUGUUGUUAAAUAACAAGGUUUUACGAAUUAUCAAUUAUGACAAAUUAGUAAAUACUUUGGAUCCAUGCACAAGAAUAGCUGAUAUUUGUCUGUGAGAUAUACUCAAGAUUAUCGUACAGCCUGGAUUCCAUACCUUCAACCACCUAACAUCACACAAAGAAUACUACAUUGAUGUGCUAAUUGAAUUGAUUGGAAUACAGCUUAACCGAUUGUAUCUCAACACUGGAAAUGUUGCUUGGCUCUACUUAAAUACGUCUUUUAAGUCUUAUUUAUCUCGAUUAGAUGAAUAAAUAGACAAAUAUUUACUAUGAGCAUUCUUUGGAAUGAUACGUCAUAAUAUUGAACUCCUUUCUGGAAGUCACACUGAACAUCUCGUUCAUUGGAUGGACCCUCUAAAUUAAAUAAAUGGGAUGUUCUG